AUGGGACCCACCCCUGCCUGGGUCCCAAGCCCCUGCAAGGAUGCCAAUAGCCCCGCCCUGGCCACCCCAGACGGGACCCCGUCUCCUACCCGAGCCCUCACCCCUUCUGGCAGGCUGAGGGUCCCACCCUGGGCACCCCAGAUGGGACCACACCCCCUGCCCGGAUCCCCAGCUCCUACAGUCAUGGAGAGAGCCCUGCCCUGGUCACCCCAGAUGCGGCCCUACCCUUGCCCAGGUCCUUCGCCACUGCAGCCAGCAGCUCAUGCAACAUCAUCUGCUCCCACUGUAACAUUAGUACAACUGCCCAAUGGGCAGACAGUUCAAGUCCAUGGAGUUAUUCAGGCGGCCCAGCCAUCAGUUAUUCAGUCUCCACAAGUCCAAACAGUCCAGAUUUCAACUACUGCAGAAAGUGAAGAUUCACAGGAGUCAGUGGAUAGUGUAACUGAUUCCCAAAAACGAAGGGAAAUUCUUUCAAGGAGGCCUUCCUACAGAAAAAUUUUGAAUGACUUAUCUUCUGAUGCACCAGGAGUGCCAAGGAUUGAAGAAGAGAAAUCUGAAGAGGAGACUUCAGCACCUGCUAUCACCACUGUAACGAUGCCGACUCUGAUUUACCAAACUAGCAGUGGACAGUAUAUUGCCAUUACCCAGGGAGGAGCAAUACAACUGGCUAACAAUGGUACCGAUGGGGUACAGGGCCUGCAAACAUUAACCAUGACCAAUGCAGCUGCCACUCAGCCGGGUACUACCAUUCUACAGUAUGCACAGACCACGGAUGGACAACAGAUCUUAGUGCCCAGCAACCAAGUUGUUGUUCAAGCUGCUUCUGGAGAUGUACAAACAUACCAGAUCUGCACAGCACCCACUAGCACCAUUGCCCCUGGAGUUGUUAUGGCUUCUUUCCCAGCACUUCCUACACAGCCUGCCGAAGAAGCAGCAUGGAAGAGAGAGGUUUGUCUAAUGAAGAACUGCUCUCUGAGGAAGGAUCAUCAGUAUAAGAUCAAGGACAUAGCCAGUAAAAUGGGAAGUUAA